AUGGGGAUGAGGGCACACGCGGAGGAGAAGGCCGUUGCGCCCUCGGUGAACAGCAACAAUGACGAGAGCAACGUGCGCACACCAGAACAGCAGCCAGGAGAGAAACACCUAGAAGAGCCAACCUUCGAUACAGGCAUCCCGGCAUGGUUGCAGGUCCUUGGAUCAUUCUUCCUAUUCUUCAACUCAUGGGGUGUGAUCAAUACAUGGGGCGCUUUCCAGACAUACUAUGAACAAAAUCUUCUCUCGAAUGUUUCGUCAUCAUCCAUUGCCUGGAUUGGAUCUCUGCAAUCGUUUCUUCUGAUGCUCUUUGGAGUAGUGACCGGCCCGUUGUUCGAUGCAGGAUACUUUCGAGCUCUCGUCAUAUUUGGCACCGUCGUGCUCCCAUUUGGCUUGAUGAUGACCAGUAUUUCUUCACAGUAUUGGCACUUGAUCCUCUGUCAAGGAGUCUGUAUCGGCCUGGCUGCCGGAUGCCUGUUCGUUCCCUCGGUUGCUAUUCUGCCCCAAUACUUCAAGCGGAAGCGAGGUUUAGCCAACGGACUGGCGGCUUCAGGCAGCAGUAUCGGGGGCGUGGUCUAUCCGAUAAUGUUCAAUAAGCUGCAGGACCAAGUUGGAUUUGCGUGGGCGACUCGCGCACUGGGCUUCGUAGCUUUCGGAACCUGCUGCAUCUCCCUAUCUCUCAUGCGUAUGCGAUUUCUGCCUACCGAGAAACGCAAGUUGGUCCAGCUGUCUGCCUUUAAAGAACCAGCGUUCGUGAUGUUUGCCGUUGCCAUGUUUUUGGGCUUCCUGGGCUUCUAUAACUUCCUAUUCUACGUGCAGUCCUAUGCCAUCGACACCGGAAUCGUCGAUGAAAAUCUGGGGUUUUAUCUGCUCUCCAUGCUUAAUGCGGGUUCUACCGUGGGACGAAUCUUUCCCAACUUCGUCGCUGAUCAUACCGGCCCACUGAACAUCCUGACGCCAGCUGUCACAGCCACAGCAGUUCUGGCCUUUGCCUGGAUUGGCGUGCACAAUGUGCCCGGCAUCAUUGUUCUCUCUGUCCUGUACGGUCUCUGCUCCGGUGGGUUUGUCUCACUCCCACCGGUAGUCAUGGUCACGUUGACGAAAGAUAUCCGCGACCUGGGUACUCGUCUGGGCAUGAUUUUCGCCACGACCUCGAUCGGUUUGCUGAUCGGAACACCAAUUGGUGGAGCCAUCAUGAGUAAUACCCAUAAUUAUCUCGGCGUUCAACUCUUUACCGCUUGCUGCAUCAUCACCGCAGCCGCCAUUUUUGCGGCCCUGCGAUUCUCACGCACUGGGGCCCGGCUGCUUGUCAGAGCAUGA